AGAACCUCAGGUGCAGGAUCUGGGAGCUAAGCCAGGAACUGUGGGUUGUAUCUGGAGAGGAGCAGUUGGAGUGUUCAGGAGGAACCUCCAGUGCUUUGGGUUACAGCAAGAUGGACCACUCCUGUAAGCCCUUAGCCCUUCCGGCUGGAACUUGGCGUUGAGGAGGGUACUACAAGAUCCUUCUCCCGUCUGACAGGGAAGUUAGCCCUCAUCCCUAACUUUCUUUCACCCUGAGGAUGUGGAGUGCUGGGCUGUCAGGGGUACUGGUUCCCAGCAACACUCCCUUCCCACAGGAAGUCCCAAGGGAGCGUGAGGGUUCAGGCUAGAGACUGGACGGGGACACAGUGUUCUCCACUGGCCCUUGAGCCCUGCCCUGAGACCUGAAUUCCCACCCUGUGCCACUGGCUGAUUCCAGGGCUGGAUCUCAGGACUGCAGACCCCCUGCACACAGUGGCCCACUGGGGGGGAGGCAGCUCCAGAGAUGGGGAGAGCCAGAGAUCUUAAGCUGACACUCCCAGCAGGGUAGAUCCUGGGAAUCUGAUCUCCUGGCCUCCCCCACAUCCUCCCCCACCCCACUUCCUGGAGCAGCGACCUGCCCCCUUCCCGCCUGCACUUCCCUCCACUUCCAGGGCCAGGCUUCUCCACACACCAGCCAGACAGCCUCCCCUCCACCCAAGGGAAGCGGCUGCCUAGGCAGGCUGCUUCCAGGAAGCCCCAGGCCAGGCCCCAGCAUUGUUCAGGCCCUGCAGCCAAGAGCCCAGCCAGCCAGACACCAUGAAGUCCAGCGGCCCUGUGGAAAGGUUGCUCAGAGCCUUGGGGAGGAGGGACAGCAGCCGGGCCACCAGCAGGCCUAGGAAAGCAGAACCACACAGCUUCCGGGAGAAGGUUUUCCGGAAGAAAACUCCAGUGUGUGCAGUGUGUAAGGUGACCAUCGAUGGGACCGGCGUCUCCUGCCGAGUCUGCAAGGUGGCCACACACAGAAAAUGUGAAGCAAAGGUGACUUCAUCCUGUCAGGCCUUGCCCCCUGCGGAGCUGCGGAGAAGCACAGCUCCGGUCCGGCGCAUAGAACACCUGGGGUCCACCAAGUCUCUGAACCACUCAAAGCAACGCAGUACUCUACCCAGGAGCUUCAGCCUGGAUCCGCUCAUGGAGCGUCGCUGGGACUUGGACCUCACCUAUGUAACGGAGCGGAUCUUGGCCGCAGCUUUUCCUGCACGACCGGACGAGCAGCGACACCGAGGCCACUUGCGCGAGCUAGCCCAUGUGCUUCAAUCCAAGCACAGAGACAAGUACCUGCUCUUCAACCUUUCAGAGAAACGGCAUGACCUCACCCGCCUGAACCCCAAGGUGCAAGACUUUGGUUGGCCUGAACUACAUGCCCCACCUCUGGACAAGUUGUGUUCCAUCUGCAAAGCCAUGGAGACGUGGCUCAGUGCCGACCCUCAGCACGUGGUUGUGUUGUACUGCAAGGGGAGCAAAGGCAAGCUUGGGGUCAUCGUCUCUGCUUAUAUGCACUACAGCAAGAUCUCUGCAGGGGCAGACCAGGCGCUGGCAACCCUCACCAUGAGGAAAUUCUGUGAGGACAAGGUGGCCACGGAACUGCAGCCCUCCCAGCGCCGCUAUGUCAGCUACUUCAGCGGGCUGCUGUCUGGCUCCAUCAGAAUGAACAGCAGCCCACUCUUCCUGCACUAUGUGUUCGUUCCUGUGCUGCCAGCCUUUGAGCCCAACACAGGAUUCCAGCCCUUCCUCAAGAUCUACCAGUCUAUGCAGCUGGUCUACACAUCUGGAGUCUACCGAAUCGCAGGUCCAGGGCCUCAGCAGCUUUGUAUCAGCCUGGAGCCAGCCCUUCUCCUCAAAGGCGACGUCAUGGUAACCUGCUACCACAAGGGUGGCCAGGGGACAGACCGGACCCUCGUGUUCCGAGUUCAGUUCCACACAUGCACCAUCCAUGGACCACGGCUCACCUUCCCAAAGGACCAACUAGAUGAGGCCUGGGCUGACGAGCGGUUCCCUUUCCAAGCCUCAGUGGAGUUUGUUUUCUCCUCCAGCCCUGAGAAGGUCAAAGGCAACACCCCACGGAACGAUCCCUCUGUCUCCGUGGAUUACAACACAACAGAGCCUGCUGUACGCUGGGACUCCUAUGAAAACUUCAAUCAGCACCAUGAGGAUAGCAUGGAUGGCGCCUUGGCCCACACAAGGGGCCCCCUGGAUGGCAGUCCUUAUGCCCAGGUGCAGCGGGUCCCCCGCCAGACACCACCAGCACCUUCUCCAGAGCUUCCCCCACCCCCGAUGCUCUCUGUCAGCAGUGACUCCGGCCACUCAUCCACGCUAACCACAGAACACACAGCAGAAUCCCCAGGCCGGCCGCCCCCAACUGCUGCUGAAAGACAGGAGCUGGAUCGUCUGCUGGGAGGUUGUGGAGUGGCCAGUGCAGGCCGUGGUGCUGGGCGAGAGACUGCCAUCCUAGAUGAUGAAGAGCAGCCCUCUGUGGGUGGAGGCCUGCACCUUGGGAUGUAUUCAGGCCACAGGCCUGGACUCAGUCGCCGGUGCUCCUGCCGUCAGGGCUUCCGGGAGCCUUGUGGGGUCCCUAAUGGGAGCUACUACAGGCCUGAGGGAACCCUAGAGAGACGACGACCACCCUAUGGGGGCUAUGAGGGACACCCCCAGGGCUACGCAGAAGCCUCUGUGGAGAAGAGACGCCUCUGCAGGUCACUGUCAGAAGGGCCGUACCCCUAUGCACCCGAGCUGGGGAAACCAGCCAAUGGGGACUUUGGCUACCGUCCAGCAGGCUACCGGGAGGUGGUAAUCCUGGAGGACCCUGGGGUGCCUGCUUUAUGCUCAUGCCCUGCCUGUGAAGAGAAGCUGGCACUGCCCACCGCAGCCCUGUAUGGACUGCGACUAGAGAGGGAGGCUGCAGAGGGGUGGUCCAGCGAGGUAGGCAAGCCUCUCCUGCACCCAGUGAGGCCUGGACACCCAUUGCCUCUGCUGGUGCCUGCCUGUGGGCAUCAUCAUGCCCCAAUGCCUGACUAUGGCUGCCUGAAGCCACCCAAGGUGGGUGAGGAAGGGCAUGAGGGCUGCUCCUAUGCCGUGUGCUCUGAAGGCAGGUAUGGGCAUUCAGGGUACCCUGCCCUGGUAACCUAUGGCUAUGGAGGAGCGGUUCCCAGCUACUGCCCAGCAUAUGGCCGGGCACCUCACAGUUGCGGAUCUCCAAGUGAAGGCCGAGGGUACCCCAGCCCUGGCGCCCACUCACCACGGGCUGGAUCUGUGUCCCCGGGGAGUCCACCCUACCUGCAGCCCAGGAAGCUGGGUUAUGAGAUUCCUGCAGAGGAUGGGGGAGACAAGUACCCACUUUCUGGGCACCUGGCCUCAACAGGACCCUUGGCUUCUACAGAGUCACCUGAACCAUCCUGGAGGGAUGGCUCCAGUGGACACAGCACGCUACCUCGGUCUCCCCGAGAUCCUCAGUGCGGUGCUUCUUCAGAGCUGUCUGGUCCCUCCACACCCUUACACACCAGCAGCCCAGUUCAGGGCAAGGAAAGCAACCGACGGCAAGACACCACCAGGUCUCCCUCCUUGGCACCCACUCAGAGACUGAGUCCUGGCGAGGCCUUACCCUCUGUUGUACAGGGAGUUGCUGAAAAGACUCCUGAGCUGUUGACAAGCAGCAGGCCUGAGCCACUGGACCCUAGCCCCUUCUCUCAGACCUCUGCACCCGGCUCACCCAAUGGCUGGCCUCAGGAAAGGAGCCCAGGAGGCCACACCAACAGUGCUAGUCCUCGGAGCCCUGUGCCAACCACCCUGCCUGGACUCCGCCAUGCCCCGUGGCAGGGCCCUCGGGGUACUUCAGAUAGCCCAGAUGGCUCCCCUCUUACUCCUGUGCCUACCCAGAUGCCCUGGCUUGUGGGCAGCCCAGAACCACCCCAGAGCUCACCCACCCCUGCCUUCCCCCUGGCUACCUCCUAUGAUGCCAAUGGUCCCAUUCAGCCUCCACUUCCUGAAAAACGACACCUGCCCGGGUCUGGACAACAGCCGUCACCACCAGCCAGAAGCACCAAUCAACACGUCACCUUUGCCUCUCCUCUCCCAGAUGUCACCCAACCCCCAGAACACCCUUUACAAGAGAACCAAAGCAAUGUCAAGUUUGUCCAGGAUACAUCAAAGUUCUGGUACAAGCCACAUCUUUCCCGAGACCAAGCCAUUGCCCUGCUGAAAGACAAAGAUCCUGGAGCCUUCCUGAUCAGAGACAGCCAUUCAUUCCAAGGAGCCUAUGGGCUAGCCCUCAAGGUGGCUACACCUCCACCCAGUGCGCAGCCCUGGAAAGGGGACCCCUCAGAACAGCUGGUCCGCCAUUUCCUCAUCGAGACUGGGCCCAAAGGCGUGAAGAUCAAGGGUUGUCCCACUGAGCCCUAUUUUGGAAGCCUGUCUGCCCUGGUCUCCCAGCACUCCAUCUCUCCCAUCUCCCUGCCCUGCUGUCUGAGAAUUCCUAGCAAAGAUCCUCUAGAAGAAACCCCAGAGGCCCCAGUGCCUACCAACAUGAGCACAGCAGCAGACCUCCUGCGUCAAGGAGCAGCCUGCAGUGUGCUCUACCUGACCUCGGUGGAGACAGAGUCAUUGACUGGCCCUCAGGCUGUGGCCAGGGCCAGCUCUGCAGCUCUGAGCUGCAGCCCAGUGCCAGUGCCAGCCAUUGUCCAUUUCAAGGUCUCAGCUCAAGGCAUCACCCUGACAGACAACCAGAGAAAGCUCUUCUUUCGCCGCCAUUACCCAGUGAACAGCAUCACCUUCUCUAGCACUGACCCCCAGGACCGCAGAUGGACCAACCCAGAUGGGACCACCUCCAAGAUCUUUGGUUUCGUGGCCAAGAAGCCAGGAAGUCCCUGGGAAAAUGUGUGUCACCUCUUUGCGGAGCUUGACCCGGACCAACCGGCAAGUGCCAUCGUCACCUUCAUCACCAAAGUUCUACUGGGCCAGAGAAAAUGAAGGAAAGCCACAAGCUCCGAGUGCACACCCACACUGCACCCUCCCAGCAUCCACAGCGCUCACUACCCUGGCCUGGCCCCUGUGAAAGAGGGAGUGGCAGCAUCUGGGCCACUGCUCUUUCCUGCCCUUGCCUGCUAAGCUGAGUGAGUGUGCCCCUAAGGUGACCUGGCAUGUGAGCAGAUGGCAGAGACAGGUGUGAGGGGGGUGAGGCGGCAUCAGUAGUGGAGCCCUGGAGGGGACUGACCCUGCCAACUCCACCCAGCUCCAGGGCCCAUCAUGGAGGGAUGGGAGAAGCUUGAAAGCUUCCUGCCUUCCCUCUACACAGAGACCAGAGUGGGGUCACAUAAACAGAGGGAAAAAGAGAGUCUAUUUUUGUGUAAUAAUAAAGAAUUUCUAUAAACUUA